AUGAAACAUAGUAGAUGGUACAUAACAAGUUGAAGAAGAUUGCAAUGUGUGUUCGGAGCCCAACCAAAGUGUGAUCAGUGAUGAACCAAGUGAAGCAAAUCCAUGGAUACACCCUGAGAAAUGGCAUAGACAACACCAAAGUUAUCAUUGAGAAGCUUCUUCAAAUCCCAAACCUUAGCUAUGCACAUUCCUUUCUCUGCCACUCACCCAAUCCCAAAGCCACCGUCUUUCUCUACAAUAGGCUCAUCCAAGCCUACUCCAUCAAUGGAAGCAACACGCGCCGCUGCUUCUCCCUUUAUUCCCAAAUGCUUCUCCAUGGCUUCCAACCAAAUGAACACACUUUCAAUUUCCUCUUCUCUGCAUGCACCUCACUCUCUUCCCCUUUCCUUGCCCAAAUGCUCCAUACCCAUUUCAUCAAAUCAGGCUUUGAACCUGAUGUAUUUGCUGCCACAGCUUUGCUUGAUAUGUAUGCUAAACUGGGUUCUUUGAAGAUGGCACGCCAUGUGUUUGAUGAAAUGGCUGUGAGAGGGGUACCUUCUUGGAAUGCCAUGAUUGCGGGAUAUGCGAGGUUUGGGGAUAUGGAGAAAGCAUUGGAGUUGUUCCUGUUGAUGCCUUGUAGGAGUGUGGUGUCGUGGACCACCAUGAUAUCCGGUUACUCGCAGAACAAGCUGUAUGAGAAGGCUUUGGAUUUGUUUCUGACGAUGGAAAGGGAGAAAGUCACAAAGCCGAAUGAAGUAACAUUGGCAAGCAUUUUGCCGGCUUGUGCUAAUCUUGGGGCAUUGGAAAUUGGUCAGAGGAUUGAAGCUUAUGCAAGAGAAAACGGGUAUUUCAAGAAUUUAUAUGUGAGUAAUGCUGUGUUGGAGAUGUAUGCGAAAUGUGGCAAGAUUGAUGUUGCUUGGAGGGUGUUUGAUGAGAUUGGAAGCUUGAGAAACUUGUGCUCUUGGAAUUCAAUGAUCAUGGGUUUGGCUGUUCAUGGACAAUGUAGCAAGGCACUUGAGCUUUAUGACCAAAUGCUGAGAGAUGGGACUUCACCGGACGAUGUUACAUUUGUGGGGCUCCUCUUGGCAUGCACUCAUGAUGGCAUGGUUGCUAAAGGGAGAUAUAUCUUCAAGUCAAUGACAACGGACUUCCACAUUGUUCCCAAACUACAACACUAUGGCUGCAUUGUCGAUCUCCUAGGCCGGGCCGGCCAGUUACAAGAAGCUUACAGUGUCAUACAAAGCAUGCCCAUGAAACCAGAUUCAGUAAUAUGGGGAGCUCUCUUGGGAGCUUGCAGCUUCCAUGGUAAUGUUGAGCUGGCCGAGAUUGCAGCCGAAUCACUGUUUGCACUUGAGCCUUGGAAUCCUGGAAACUAUGUCAUUCUUUCCAAUAUUUAUGCUUCGGCUGGUCAUUGGGAUGGAGUUUCAAAGCUUAGGAAGGUGAUGAAGGGCAGUAAAAUUACAAAAGUUGCUGGACAUAGUUUCAUUGAAGAGAGAGACCAAUUGCAUAAGUUCAUUGUGGAAGAUAGAUCACAUCCACUAAGCAAUGAAAUUUUUGCUUUGCUAGAUGGAAUUUAUGAACUGUUAAAGCUGAAUAUAAGUUCAUUUGAAAGCGAUUUAGAUCUUGAUUUUAACUAAUCUUAAUAGCAGCAGCUCCAGUCUAAGGAUCCUUGCUCUUUCUGUAAACGAGUUUUGAAGCAAUUAUUAGGGAGGCAUGACAUUAAUCUUUAAUGGAAUUCGUUUCUUAGUGUUUUUUCA